GAGACGCGAAAAUGUGAAGUUGUUUUGAACUUGCCCGGAAUUUGUGACACUGAGACAUGGUGGUCUCUGUAUAUGAUAUAAAAUAACAGCCGCGUUGGGGUUUUUUUUUUCGGUGGACGUGGUCUUACCAUGAUGCCAGGAGACAGUCAGUCCAAAACGGUUGCAAUUGCCGCGGACGCGACGAUUGGAAACUGUCAAAACUGUUCUGUUUUGCACCAGAGCCUGACAGAGUAUGUGUCGUCAUUUCUGGCACUGAAACAGAAGAUCGCUGUUUCGGAUGACACAAUCAGGCUUCAACAGCAGCUGGAAGAGCUGCAGAUCCGGUUGGUUACUCUGGAGAAAAAGACAGUGGAUUAUGAAUCUGUGCAAGCAGAGCUGGAGGAAAAGAGGGGUGCUCUUAAGGCCUAUGGACAUCUAUCUGAAGAGAUGGAAAAACUGAAACAGGAAAACAAUAAGACAACGGCAGAGAAUGAAAAGCUUGAAGACCAGCUAAAAUAUGUGAAAGACUUGACAGAAACACAGUCACUUGAAAAUGCUCAGCUGAAGAGGGAAAAGGCAGUUGUGGAAAACGAUCUGCUGAACACCCAAACAUCUUUGAGGAAAUCCCAGGCACAAGCAGAUCAGGUUGAAAAGCUGAUGGAGGAGAAUGCCAACCUGACAAGCAUAAAGGACAACCUUGAAAAUAAAGUUAGACUGCUCGAAGACUCAGUUUGCAAACAGAAUCAUCAAAUCUCUCAACUGACCAAAGAGAAAAUCUUGCUCGAGAGAAAUAUUAAUGACCUCCAGGUGAGACUGAUGAGGCUGGAAAGAGAAAGGAGUAAAGACUAUAGGAACGCAGCAACUCAAGCAAGUGCGCCUGCAGAGCCUAAAGUUGAUAAAGACAAGGUGCGGAUGCUGCUAGAAAAUUUAUGGACAUGUGUGGAGCCAGAGCAGGAACAGUCAGCAAACCUGUUGCACCUUCCAGAGUCCAGUUGCAAGCAAGUUCUUCCCUCCUCUCCACAAAAAAGACUGAAAUCGCGUAUGAGUAAAACGUCCCCUUCUGCUUCUCACAAGCUCAGCGGUUCCCACAGUUACCACAUACAGCCAAAACCCACUUGCACAGCGUUGACACCAUUUCCGGCCAUCAAACCCCAAGAACCUCUUCAGCGCUCAAGUGGCAAGAAGCAAACAGACAGUUCGAAAAAGGGCAAGCGGUCAUCUAAACAAUCCAAAACAGAUGAUUCAUCUACUGGCACAGGCAGCUGUGAAUUAUCUGUUGAAGAGAUACUGGAAUUGUUUAAACCCAUGCCUCCCUGCAUAUCACCACUAUCAGAUUUGGACACCGAGAUGCGAUCUGUUGAGGAUGAUGGAGAAAAGGAAAAUCAUCCUGAACCCUCUGAGGAUUCUCCUGUUAUCCAAGAAGAGUCCUUACACAUCACGUCACUGUCGAGCCAAAAAAGUCCAAACUCUUCUGUACUUGGGACUGAGAAGAAUGUGGACUUGCCAGUGGUCAUAACACAGGACAUGGGACAUAUGUCUACAGAAGUAGACUCCAAAGGCUUGACACAAAGUGGAUUAACCGAAAUCACUAAGAUUAAGAACAAAUCCAGUGCAGAUAAUGGAAAAAUGCAUCUUCAAGAAGAUAUGCUAACUGAGCAGGAGUCAGCAUCUGAGCAUUUAACAUCAUCGUCGUCUUCUUCUUCUUCUUCUUCUUUUUCUUUUUCUUCUUCUUCUUCUUCUUCUUCUUCUUCUUCUACUUCUUCUUCUUCUUCUUCAGUUAUGACAGUUUUGGUUGAAGCUGUCUCAUUAACUACUGAAAGUCCAGAAGAGGUAAACGAACAUCAGGAGACUACUACAAAGAUGGAUGUUGACACAAAUCCUACUGAUGCUACUGAUGCCAAAAGAGUCAUUCCUGAUGGUGUAGAGUCACCCAUAGGAAAAGAUGCUGCUGUGAUCUCAGAAGAAGGAGGAGGAGAUAUACAGCCUGUUACUUCCUCAACAUUAGUUGAAUCUGUGAAAGAUGCCAAGAUUGUAAAUACUGAAAAUGGCUCAGAAGUUGAGAAAAGUGCUCAGGGUUCUUGUUGUUUAGGACAAGGCAGUCAGGCUGCGACUGCAUUUAAACUCCAGGAGAACACGGUGUCUCUCUGCAAGGACUCAGAAAUGCAAGAAAGUACCCAAUGUUCAUCAAGUAGCAGUAACGGCAACAACAGUGUAUCCAAUAUGACCCAUGAAGAGCGGCUCGAAGUUGAUGCACCCAUCGAGCUUCUUAGAAAGGAGGAUGGAAACGCAGCGCAAGAAACACAAGGAGUUGAUGGAACAGCUUCACCUUCAAAGGCAAAUGGUGAUCAAAAACCUCUGCCUCCUGAGAAGUCUCCAGUGUUGAAGAAAGAGGAUGACGGGUCACAAGCUGACCAGGAAUAUCUUCAAGCAAAUUGUGACACUCCUUCAAAAAUGGAUGUUGACAUAGAGAGAAUGAACGGCAAAAUAAUGGCAGAUAGCAGCCGAUCCCUUUCGGACUCCCAAGAAACAAAUACUGUCAGCAGUAAAGCUUUGACAGAAAAUACACAUUCUGUUUGCAGGCAGUUGAGUCCUACGUGUCUGCUACCGACUGUAAAACUGCAGACUUUGGAAACUCCCCCAGAGCCAAGAAAAUUGAAUUUUGAUGUAAAUACAGAACAGAUUUCAAUGAACAAAAAAGCUCUUGUUUCCAAUUUAGAGGAAAAAGACAUCUCUGAAAAGGCCAUUGUAAGCGACUUCCCUCAAGACAGAAUAGACUCAGGUAACACUACCUCAUUAAAUCAGCAGGCUGCUGCCACAAAAGGACAAGAGAAAUGUUCUGAGCCUUGCACAGAAGUGUGUGAAAAACAAAGUCCACAUACGGUCAAAGAGGCAAAAUCUACCUCGCCGUCAAGUUCAACUACAAGUCAAACCCCAGAGUGUAUAGGUAAUGUUCGCUCUGAAAUGGGUCCUCCACUUCCUCCUGUUCUGACCCCUCUGAAGACACCUCCCAAGCCAGUCAAAUCAAUCAGCCCAAGGCAGGCUAUCGGGAAAAUCUUAUUUCCCUCACCCAUGGAUAGAUUGGCUUCACCGACCACUCCUGUCCAGUCCCACAGCAGCCAGAAGUUGAGUUCUUCAUCCCUAAACAGCCCAGUCCCUCCAAAUGGAGUCCCCUCAUCACCACUUCAGUUUGGCUCUGCCACUCCAAAACACGCCGUUCCAGUCCCUGGUCGUCUGCCUUUAACAGCAAUGAAUUCUUCCCCGUCAUCUUCUACCAGUCCAUCUCAGGAGAACUCCAUGAGGAUUCUUGACACCAUGUAUCCAGAACUCUCUGCCCGUGCCCGGACUCUGAGCAUUCUCAGAGGCAAUGUCAAUCUCAGCAUUUGUUCAUCAGAGAGCGGAACAUUACCCACAACGACUGACAGUCAGAAGUCCAGCUUUACAACCAUCAACUCCACUUCAACGGCCUUCACAAAGACUGAGACGCGGGGAGAAAAAAGACCAGCCGAAGGUUUGUCUCAGCUGAAGAGCAGCAAAUGUCUCAGGCUCGACAGCAGCUCUCCUGGUGUUACUCGCAAGCAGGUACUGUCCUUCUCAAACGGUGGACAGGAGACCACCUCGCCGACCGUGAGGCUCGAACAGCUCAGAAAUGCGACACCAUCUCCAUCCAUGAAACUUGGAGAACCUGCAGAGCAAAAUCUUAUCGUUAACUGUUUCAAGAAAAUCGAACACCAGUGCUUUGAUCUGCUGCCGGUGCUCCAGAGCCACCUGUAUGUUGGAAACAUGCCCAAAAAGCCCGUCCUGAGGGAUGAGGAGAAGGAGGUCAUCUCUGAGAUUUGCCAAAGCGGCUUGUUCAGUGCAGAUGACAUGAUUUUGGCCAUCAUGAAAAAACUGAAAGCUGAAAAGAAUGACCUAAGCAGAAACUACAUACAGGCCCUCUGCAGAGUCUACACGGGGAUCUGCAGGCAGAAGAGAUACCAGGACAAGGUUCACAUCCUGGCCUACAGCAUUCUCAUGGAAGAUUACCCAGAUUCAGCCAAGCUGGUGUUGUUUAUGGUGACAACGUGGCCGACGGUUUUCUCACAGAGCGCUCUGUGCCAAGCCAUUCAUACCGUCACCAAACUGAAAGCAGAAGGAGGGCUUCUCAGCUGCCUUUCAGCAUUCCUUGGCUGGGAAAAGAGUCCUCCUUGUGACAUUGACCAGCUGAUCUCCAGAACACUGUCUGAGAUCCGGUCAGGGUCAAAUCUGUCUUUCACAAAACACAGUCGGUACGGGGAUGACCUGGCAGCUGCGGCUUGGGAACACGUCUUCACACUGCACCUUCUGUGUUCGCACAAGAAGUGGAAGUGGACCUAUGAAAAUGUACUGGGCAAGGAGUUGUGGCCAUUAAUGAAUUCUUGGGUAACACAGCCAAGAAGUCAACAAGAACCUGUCUCUGAUGUGACUGUCGCCACUGUGCUCCGACUCAUAGGACGUCUUGGUCAAGUGGGACUUAAAGAGAGGUGUGUUUCAUCUGUGUUGACUGUUGCCAGCGUCAUCAACACAUUUGGUCAGCAGGGACAGGUGGAAGGCCUGCCAUGGGAGGUCCAGCUAGCAGCUAUCUACUGCAUCUACGAGCUCUCCCCCUGCAACCCCAAAGAAGCCCUGACUGCCCUGGCAGGGUGGAGAGGAGACACAUCUAACAGCGUCCCUCCUGCUGUCACCAGCUGCAUUAACCAGUUAGCCUCCAUUUGUAGGCAGGUCAAGAGCUAGAAAUGUGCACAUCUACAUGCACCAGCAUGUACUGAUUUUAACUAAAAGACAAGUACGUUAAUGCUGACUUUUAACUUGUAGACUUGCAGCCUGUAAUAGAGUUGUUCACCAUUUGCGUUCUCAAAUAAAUGCAAAUAAGUUUGUGCUCAGUAAGGCAGGGUGUUUAGAGGUUCAUUUUAAGCCUUAAAUUCAACUAAAUGGUUACAGAUCACGUCAGACUUCAUAAAUGUCUGCUUUUUGUGGUUUUAUGUGCACGUCCGUUCAAAAAUGUCAUAUAAAUGUAAAUGUUGUCCAGUUUUGCAACAAACGUUACCUCAAGUUUUAAUGGGAAAAAAAAAAAUUAAGUUUCCUAAAACUGUAGUCCACCACACCCUGGAACAUUUGGACAAGCAUGAUCUCCUGCCUUUCUGCUAUUCUCAGGUAAUGCUGUAAAAUAUUGUAAACCAUGUACACGUGUUAGUGCUGCUGUAAAUAUGUGGUGUCGAUGUUUGCGUUCAUCAAAAAUAAGCUGCCAAAUGUUUGGUUGUAAAUGUUUUGUACAGUUUGAAAUUUCAGAGGUUCUAGACUUUUUUUUUUUUUUCUAAUUAAAAUGUGCACAUGUUGAGCCAGA